GUACUCGUACAAUGCGUCUCAGUUGGUGACGUAAUUACGGUUGGGUCAUUCAGAGUUCCCAUUAACGAGCUUUGUUUGCAGGAUAAUAUGCAUUGUAGCAUCAGAUAAUCGUUCUUGAGGUGGUCCCCUUAUAAACCGACGAUUGUGUUUAUUCACACAUCUUCGACUGGACGAAAAUGACCGAUCUAGCAGAGUCCCUGAUCAAAGAGGGCUGGUACCUCAGUGAUGACGGCAUAGCAGAACUGAAGGGAUCGGCUGAGAAAAUAACACACACUGACAUCAUUCGUAUUGCACUCAAUAAUGAUCUUAGGCCUAUUGGGAGAAAAUUUCUACCUUCUGAUAUCAACAGUGGAAGAACUGAGAAAUUGGAGGGUCCAUGCGUCCUCCAGGUGCAGAAGGUGAGAAACAUCUCUGCUCCUAAAGACCACGAGGAGUCCCAGGGUGCACCGCGAAUGCUGCGCCUACAGAUGACAGAUGGGCACACCACCUGUGUUGGAUUAGAGUAUAAACAUCUGUCCAAGAUCAGUCUAAACACACCUCCUGGAACAAAGGUAAAGCUUCAUGGUACAAUCCAGGUAAAAAAUGGUCUUUUGCUGCUUGAUGACUCGAACAUCUGCAUCCUUGGAGGAGAAGUCGACCACAUGGUGGAGAAAUGGCAGCUGCAAAGGAGUCUGGCCAAACACAGCAGGAGUAACAUUGGAGCAGAAGGCGGACCUCCGCCCUUUGUGCCGUUUGGUCAGAAGUGUGCAAGGAAGGAUGAUGUAGACAGCAGGGAUCUGGACCAGAGGAAGACUCUCCAAACUCAAACUGUUGUCAGAACCGCUGAGGGGAACGAUGAAUUUGAAAAGCAGCGGACGGCAGCUAUUGCUGAAGUGGCCAAGACUAAAGAAGGCCCCCGCACGUUUGGUGGCGGAGGAAAUGCAGGUAGUAAUUUAUCUAGUUCCACGUCCUUCUCUCGAAGCAAAGACUCCUACCAGCAGAGGAGACGAGACGACAAGAGUGAAAAAUCAGAAAGCAGACAAGACGGAAACUACAGAGAGCUGGUGGAUGAACGUGCUCUGAGAGACAUCAUGGAGAUGGGCUUUAACAGGGAAGCUGCUCGACAAGCUCUGAUGGAUAAUAAUAACAACCUUGAAGUGGCGCUAAACAGUCUACUGACUGGAUCUGCUGGCAGCAGACCUGGCUCAGCGGCAGCUGAAUCUAACAAGCUGCAACCUAGAGCCAGAGGAAGGGGAAGAGGCAGGCCCAGAAAUGAAGAUGAAGAAGAGGGAGCAGGAGGAAGACCGUCUGGACCAAGCACGCUAUUCGACUUUCUUGAGUCCAAAAUGGGAGGUCUCUCCACUGAUGAGCCAAAGGGUCAGCCCCCACAAAGACACCAUGAGAACAGAGCUAAUGUCUUCAACUAUCACACCAAAGACUCAUCACAAACCAAGUUCUUUCAAAGUGACCACAGGCAACAAAGGACAGACAGACCGCCUCGCUUUCACAAGGACACGGAUUUUCCCAAGCCUGGCCAGGAGCCAGCUCCUAACUGUACAACCUCUCAAACACCCGCUCAAGCCCAGCAGUGGAAGGGCCAGGAGAAAUGGUCGCGGUCAGACCGAGUGCAAAACGACAGGCGAGAGACGAGAGCUGAACAGAUUGUUCCGUCUUCCACGGGGUCUUCUUUCACACAUCCAAAGGAAACUCCGCUGCAGAUGGAGUUUGGUGGAUCUUACCACCAGCGAUCCCGAAAUGGAAACGGGGGUGGAAAUGUGUCUGGGCCGUUUAACAAGAGAGGGGCGAAAGAUAACACCCCCCCGUUUAAAUCGAGUACUCCUGGAGGAAGUGAGGAAGAUGGAAGAGGAAGUUUUAAACGAACAGACAGAAAUGAAGACUUCAACAAGAGGAAGGGGAGGUCUGAGCAGCCAAACUCGGAUCACUUCGACAAACAAACUUGGCCGUCAAAUUUCAACUCAAAAGUAGGAACCACAGGAACUUCCCAGGAAGUGGGAUUACCACAGGGCUCUCGGACGAUGGCAGGGGAUCAUUCUCUUUUCCUUAACGGGGAUUUGGAAUAUAAAAGGACUGGGCCAAUUAAGCCCUCAAACCCAUCAAACCCAUCCUGUCCUCCAAACAGGGAGCAGCAACCCAAGAAGAAUGCUCCCAACAACCCUGGGCCAAGGAGAAGGCCGGGACAAGGCAAGGGUCCAGGUCCUCGAGGACCGGAGAGGAGUUAUGUCACCAAACACACCUGGAAACCUGGAGAUCAAUGCCUGGCUCUGUACUGGGAGGACAACAAGUUCUAUCAUGCCAGCAUAGACGCUGUGCACCCGUCUGGCUCUACAGCUGUGGUUGUAUUUAGUGAUUAUGGAAACUGUGAAGAGGUCCUGCUGCACAACAUCAAACCCCUUCCCGCUGACAUGAUGGAGGAAGAUGACGGUUACUAUGACAGUUCACUCGAGUUUCGCCGUGGGGGUGAUGGACAACCGAGACGCACAAGGCCCACGCAGCAGUAUUACCAGCCACCCAGGGCGCGUGAUUGAUGGGCCUGAGUCUACUAUGGCAGCAGUGUGCUUUUUCCUCAUCCCUCCACUUUCUGCAACAAUCCAGAGUGCUUCCUGAAUUUUUAAUGGCCACAUCAUCAGGACUUCUAGAACUCCUCAAAGGGCUUGCACAUGAUGCAAAAAUAAAAGAACUGACAUGUGCUCCUGUUUAUUUUGUCAAGGACAUAUUUACUGUAUAGGUUUGGAAGAUUUGUUAAAUGGAUGCAUAAAAUUAAACAACUAAUGUAGAA